AUGGCAGCAAGAGAUUUAGAUGAAGGAGGACAAGUGGUUCAAACAAUUGUUGAAAAUCUACUGAAUAUAUAUCCUGAGUUUAAAGAAGUUUUAACAGCAACAAACACAACAAUUCGUGAAAACUGUAUAGUGUUUAACACUGAAGAUAAUAUUUUAGACUAUAUGUUCGUUGUUUUAGGUCAGUUAGCUAAGACAAUAAAAGAGAAAGGUAUUGACUCAGUCAUAACAGUUGAAGAUGUAAUGUUAAGAAAGACUUUUGACUCAUUGUUUCAAGAACCAAAAGAAGUAGUUAGUCUUUAUGAAGUUUUGAACGCAAUGCUGACAAAAAUAAAUGAAAGUGACACUGGUAACAUAAGUGAAGCAAAAGUUGUUGAACUUCUUUCACAAAAAGCAGAGAAAAACCAUGUUCAUUAUAUAAGUUCAGACGAACAGAUUAUAACGGACUACCAUGGAUAUUUAACACGAAGUGAUGAAGCGAAGACAAAAAAUGUUAAUGAAAGAAGAUAUAAAUACAUUCGUGCUAAAGGUUAUGACAUAAGCUGUACUGUACAGUAUGAUGUAGCUAAAGCACCAGAAGCAUUUGGUUAUACCGGUGAAAUUUAUGCCUCUACUUUCAAUGUUAACGGUGUAUUAGUUGAACCAAGAUUUACAUUGAGAGUUAAGGCAAAAAUAACGUUUGAAGAUGCUAUUAAAAGUAAAGCUGACAAAGUUGAACUCGAAGCAAUGAACAAAGUUUUGAAAUCUCAUAAACACAAUAUCUCCGAUAUAAAUGAACUUCAAGCUACAUUAAAUAGUAAAGCUGACAAGAACCAUACACAUGAAUCCUUCACUACUGUUAGAGCAGACGAUGUAAUAUUGAACUAUACCCUUGGUUCAAGUGCACCUUUAGAGAAUCCGAGUACAAGCGUAAAAGAUACACUAAACAAUUUAGAUAACAGAUGUAUGAACAUUGAAG